AUGGAUUGGCCAGUAGACUUGGAUGAGAGUGUCGGAGACACUCCAUCAUUCAGAGCAAAUUUGAGUUUUAGUGAGCAAGAUAUGCGCAGACUCGAAAUACGUACAGCCGAGCUGAAACGCAUCGCCGGGAAUGAAACGUGCGCCGACUGUGACUCUCCAGACUCGAUGUGGGCAAGCAUCAACCUUGGAGUCACUCUCUGUAUUGAUUGUUCGGGAAUUUAUCGGAAUCAAGCAACUCUGUGGUCAACAGUGUUGGCGCGAAAUUUGGAAGGAUGGAAGAAGCCGACAACUCAGUCGUCACGAGACGAACGAGAGACAUACAUAAGAGUGAAAUACGUCAACAAACAAAGUGAUGACAACGGAGACGAGGAUCCUUUCCCGGUUGCUACUGACAAACGAGAAGUGACGAUGGAUUCAGUAGUGUUGUCUGAAGCUACAUCUGAUUCAGACAGGAUCAGUCCAGAAAUUCAUCGGAAGACCUACAGUCAGCCUGUCUCGCCGGUUCGUCGUUGUCACUGGCUGAUUUCAAAACCAAAACGAGCACAAUUGCAGGACAAGUUGGACGUAUCGAAGGAUGAAGGUGAGGUGGGCAGCAUUAGUGAUACGGAAACGGUGUCAAAGCCGAAGAAGUCGAGACGAAAGAGAGUUACUCACAAUUUGAAGAAGUUGUCUCAGAAGAAGAAGCUGUUGACGAUGACGGGAACGGAGAAGGAGGAGAGUAGAUUGAGACAGUUGUCUGUUGAGUUGCAUACACAUGCUGGUGGUUUGGGAAAUAGUUCACAGAUUUUGUAUGAGGCGACAAAGACGGGUGAUAUUUCUGGGAUGCUGUUGGCUUUGGCAUGUGGUGAGCUGUUGUGA